UGCUGCAGCUGCUGCAGCUGCAGGAAGGCGCGCUGCAACCGCUGCAACCGCUGCAGCGUCCCGUGGCCGCCGCCGAAGUGACGGUGGAAGACGCCGCCGGGGACCAGGAGCCGGACGACGAGCCGGACCCGCGGCCGAGCAGCAGGUCAUUAGUAAUCAUCAGUACUCUGGAUGGCCGCAUUGCUGCACUUGAUCCCGAGAAUCGUGGUCAGAAGUACUGGGAUUUAGAUGUGGGAUCUGGUUCCCUGGUGUCCUCUAGCCUCAGCAAACCAGAGGUGUUUGGGAAUAAAAUGAUCAUUCCUUCCUUGGAUGGAGACCUCUUCCAGUGGGAUCGAGAUCGGGAGAGCAUGGAAGCGGUUCCUUUUACGGUUGAAUCUCUGCUUGAGUCAUCUUACAAAUUUGGAGAUGAUGUUGUUUUGGUUGGAGGAAAGUCUCUUACUACCUAUGGCUUAAGUGCAUAUAGUGGCAAGGUGCGUUAUAUUUGUUCAGCGAUGGGUUGUCGCCGUUGGGAUGAUGAUGAAAUAGAACAGGAAGAUAUUCUCCUCCUUCAUCGAACACAAAAGACUGUCAGAGCUGUUGGACCCCGCAGCGGCAAUGAGAAGUGGAAUUUCAGCGUCGGCCACUUUGAGCUGCGAUACGUACCAGAUGUGGAAACCCGAGUUGGAUUUCUUGAAAGUAAUUUUAAAUCCGGUGUAAACAGAGAAGAGUCCACCAUAAUUUCCGACGUGGAAGAACAAGAAGCCGUCAUGAAGGACACAGUGAUAAAGGUCUCAGUUGCCGACUGGAAGAUUAUGGCUUUUAAUAAGAAGGGAGGUCAUCUGGAGUGGGAAUACCAGUUUUGCACGCCGAUUGCUUCUGCCUGGCUGGUUAAAGAUGGGAAGGUCAUUCCGAUCAGUCUUUUCGAUGACACCAGUUACACGUCGGACAGCGGAAUCCUAGAGGAUGAAGAGGACAUCGUGGAAGCCGCCAGAGGAGCCACGGAGUCUAGUGUCUAUUUAGGAAUGUACAGAGGCCAGCUGUACCUGCAGUCAUCAGUCAGGAUUUCUGAAAAAUUUCCCACCAACCCGAAGGCUUUGGAAUCUAUCAAUAAUGAAAAUGCCAUCAUUCCUUUGCCCACCAUCAAGUGGAAACCUUUAAUUCAUUCUCCUUCUAGGACUCCUGUUUUGGUGGGCUCUGACGAAUUUGACAAAUGUCUUAGCAAUGACAAGUUUUCUCAUGAAGAGUACAGCAAUGGUGCCCUCUCAAUUUUGCAGUAUCCAUAUGACAACGGUUAUUAUUUACCAUACUACAAGAGGGAGAGGAGCAAGCGGAGCACACAGAUCACAGUUAGGUUUUUUGACAACAUGAACUACAACAAGAAUGUGCGUAAAAAAGAUCCUGUCCUCCUGCUACACUGGUGGAAGGAAAUAGCGGGCACCAUUCUGUUUUGCAUCAUAGCAACGACUUUGAUCGUGCGCCGACUCUUCCAUCCUAAUCCUCACAGGCAGCAGCGGAAAGAAUCUGAAACCCAGUGUCAGACUGAUAAUAAAUAUGAUUCCAUAAGUGGUGAAAUAAGCGACAGUAGCUGGAGUGACAUUAAGACCUCUGGAUAUGUAUCAAGAUACCUAACAGAUUUUGAACCAAUACAGUGUAUGGGCCGUGGAGGAUUCGGAGUGGUCUUCGAAGCCAGAAACAAAGUAGAUGACUGCAAUUAUGCCAUCAAGAGGAUCCGUCUCCCCAAUAGGGAUUUGGCCCGUGAGAAGGUGAUGCGAGAAGUUAAAGCUUUAGCUAAGCUUGAGCAUCCAGGAAUUGUGAGAUAUUUCAAUGCCUGGCUGGAAGCACCACCUGAAAAAUGGCAGGAAAAGAUGGAUGAACUGUGGCUGAAAGAUGAAAGCACGGACUGGCCUCUCAGCUCACCCAGCCCAAUGGAUGCACCGUCCGUUAAAAUCCGGAGAGUGGAUCCCUUCUCCACGAGAGAACGUGUUGAAAUCAUAGCCCCUUCACCUCAGAGAAACAAAUCCUUUUCCGUAGGGAUUUCCUGUAGUCAAUCAAGUUCCUCAGAGAGCCAGUUCUCACCCCUGGAAUUCUCAGAAGUGGAAAAUGGCAACAACAGCGAAUCAGAAGAUCCAGGGUUCAACCUCCGGGACAGCUGCCUCACCGACUGCGAUGUUGAAGAUGGCACUGUCGAUGGGAACGAUGAAGGGCACUCUUUUGAACUGUGUCCUUCAGCAGCUAGCCCCUACGUGAGGUCAGGCGAGAGAACCUCCUCUUCCAUUGUAUUUGAAGAUUCUGGUUGUGACAACACAUCCAGUAAGGAAGACCACAAAACCCUGGCAUUGCAUAAUGGCAACCGCUCUCCUGAUAGACUCAUCAGUACAAAAGACUCUCCUUCUGAAAGCCUCCUGUCCAUUUCUCCUCCAAGACCGACGACCUUAAGUUUGGACCUCACCAGAAACGUCACGGAAAAACUUCAGCCCACUUCACCAAAGGUGUACCUCUACAUUCAGAUGCAACUGUGUAGGAAGGAAAACCUCAAAGACUGGAUGAACAGACGGUGCAACAUCGAGGACCGAGAACGGACGGUGUGCCUGCAGAUCUUCCUGCAGAUAGCGGAGGCUGUUGAGUUUUUGCACAGUAAAGGCCUAAUGCACAGGGACCUCAAGCCUUCCAACAUAUUCUUUACAAUGGAUGAUGUGGUAAAAGUUGGGGAUUUUGGACUGGUGACUGCUAUGGACCAGGAUGAGGAAGAGCAAUCGGUUCUUACCCCGAUGCCAGCUUAUGCCCGACACACUGGUCAAGUGGGAACCAAACUGUACAUGAGCCCAGAGCAGAUUUGUGGGAACAGUUAUUCUCAUAAAGUGGACAUCUUCUCUUUGGGUCUGAUUCUGUUUGAAUUGCUCUACCCAUUCAGCACUCAGAUGGAGAGAGUCAGAAUUUUAAGUGAAGUAAGGAAUCUCAAAUUUCCACCACUCUUUGCAACAAAAUACCCUCAAGAGUACACCAUGGUCCAGCACAUGCUCUCUCCAUCUCCGACGGAGAGGCCGGAGGCUACAGCUAUCAUUGAAAAUGCCUUAUUUGAGGACCUGGAAAUCCCAGUAAAGACAGUGCUCAGGCAGAGGUCCCGCUCCCUGAGUUCGUCAGGAAUGAAGCACUCGAGACAGCCGAGCAGCAGCUGAACCAGGCAGAGAAAUCCACGUCGGCAGGACCCACGAUUUGGAAAUGAGAGCCUCAGUUCUCGGUUCCCUCUGACCCCUUCCUGUAUGUCAGGAACGGUCAGGCAAAGAUAAGCCGGGAAAAUUUUUCGAUCUCGCCACACCAGACGAAAGGUGAUGACUAACCUUUUUUCAAGCUGCCCUUCCGCUGCUUUGACGACCGAAGGAUGGCCAGUCAAGCCCUCCGUCUGACUCCCCCGGCCUCCUUUUCCUUUAGCCUCUCUUUGAAGCUAUGGGAUCUUCAUGAAUGCUCGGUGCCUGGAGCACCCGAAUAGAUCCCUGAAAUGUAUAUAGAAUUCAACUAUUUUUCUAGCACAGAUGACAGCCUCAAAGCCUGGUGGAUAAAAUGUCCUAGGAAAUGCCCUCCGAAGACAUGAGGAUGAGCAUGAAAGCGGCUUCUGCCAAGCUGACUCCCUUUUUUUUUGUCCCCGGUGGGUGAAUUUGGAAUCUGCACUAUUUUAAAGGGAGAGUAGCACAAAUGUACAUAAAUCUCUAUCCAUAGGUAGUUUUUUAGUGGUAUCUGUGGUCUGUAUUGCCACAAAUUGGAAGGUUCUAGGAACAUUUAAAUACAUUUUGUACUUUGUUCCCUAGUUGGGGAAAUGGUUUUUGGAUGGAAUUGAGCUAUAGGUACUGUAAAAAAAAAACAAAACACAAAAACCUUAAGAAAUGAAGUUUAUACUGAAAUCCUACAGUUCGAGAAUUUAUAAAACUUAAGGAGUCAUAAGUGUUUUACAUAAUCUUGUAGACUUUGUUAUUUCCAAAAACUAAUUGUAGGCAACUGUUUAAUCAUCUAACUGAACGGGCUAAUUUGCUUUCAUUUUCCACUGUAAAUAUGUUCAUUUUUAUUUAUAAAAAUGCAGAAUCAAUCCAUUUGGGUUGGUGGUGUACAGAACACGCUUAAGUGUGUUAAAUAUCGUGACUUCUUUCAAGUCUAAAUGAUUUAAUAAAACUUUUGUAUUUAA